UGACGUGGUAAACGCUACGUUGCUGCUGGAGGCAGUUUCAUCAUACUGUGGUUGUAGCCGACGGAAAGACAUCGGCUUUAGACAGCGCCAGCUGAUGAGGGGAAACGCAUUUGGUGGAUUAUUAUACCUCAAAUGCAUAUUGCAUUGUCUGCGAAAUUAGUCUCCUACCUAUUCCAAUGAAAGCCCAUUGAUCAGUCGGGGAUUUAAUGUGGCCGAAGAUGCUUACAGAUAUGAUUGAGGUGGAAGAAUUCGAAAUCAAGGAGGAAGAACCUUGGUAUGACAAGCAGGACCUUGAGCGUGACCUGCACCUGGCUGCUGAGCUGGGGAAGACCCUGCUGGACAGGAACAGAGAGCUGGAGCAGGGUCUGCAGCAGAUGUACUCCACCAAUCAGGAACAGCUACAGGAGAUAGAGUACCUGACUAAGCAGGUGGACCUCCUGAGGCAGGUGAAUGACCAGCAUGCUAAGGUGUACGAGCAGCUAGACCAGUCCUCCAGAGAGCAGGAGCAGAGCAACACCCGCCUGGUACAGGACAACAGGGCCGCCCAGCACAAGAUCCAGGGGCUCACAGAGAUGAUCGAGGCUCUGCAGACCCAGGUGGAGGAUCUGCAACGUCAGGUAGAAGAUCUGAAGACAGCCCCUGCUAAUCCCCAUUGGAAACCCCUUGCAGAGUCAUGGCGGCCCUAUGGGGCGCAGAGUGUGUCCUGCCUGAAUGAGCUGCAACGCACACACAGGUGAGAUCACAACACUCAUACAUGAAAUACACACACUCGGUGGUCCCAUUCUGUGAGCUUGUGUUGGCCUACCACUUCGUGGCUGAGACGUUUUUUCCCCCUAGAUGUGUCCACUUCACAAUAACAGCACUUACAGUUGACUGGGGAAGCUCU